AUGGUGCAUGGAUGUGAUAGAGACACUUGUGAACCGAAAAGUGUGUCCGGGCCGAAACAAAAAUGUGGAAAUUUAUGUUUUUUGCGUUGUUUUGGCAUUGACAAUUGCGAAAAUGGAAAAUUCGAAACGGUGCAAAUAAAAUUGAGUGAAAGUGCGGUUAUGUAUGCGAUUUUGCCUUGCACCGUGUUUGUUUGUUGUGAACCGCUGUCAUCGGAUGAAUUGAGCGCGAAACUGAAUGUACCGGGAGGUCCAGCAAAAAAGUCAAAAUCGAUUACACAGGGUGGUAAGUUAAAAUUGACACAAGUAACUACACCCAAUGUACGUCAAUCAAAAUUGACUGAAACAUUUACCGAAACAAAAUCUGAUGCUGGAAACUCGUCGAUUUUAUCCGAAUUAACAAAAAUAAAAGGCAUGCUUUCGGAAUUACAUGGCAAAGCAACCGAAAUUCAUGAGGACACUCAAUUUUUAGCGCAUAAAACCAUUGCACAGAGUGAAUCGACACAAAAGAAAAUUGUUCCGCGCAAUAUUUCAUUGAGAAAUGCUUCAAAAUCAUCGUUUGUUCAUACCCCCGUCAAAUCAUACGCUAUCGCAUUACGAAGUGGUGCACAGACUCAAUCGGCCAAACGACCGCGUUUUGAAAACUCACCGAAUAUUUCUCCGAAAGUCAAAACCACGAAAUUUGAAGCCCCACCGCCAAAAGUGGGUACAAAAUCAGCCACACAUCGUCUAAAUGUUGUAGUCAAGCCGAAACGAAUUGAAAAACCGGUGUUCAAAAAAGCAAUUUGGGUCUCUGGCUUCAAACCAACGGCAACACCCGAAGAAAUUAUCGACUUUAUCACGUCCGAAACAUCGAUUAAUGAAAAAUCGAGAUUCAAUGUGCACAAACUGGUGAAAAAAGACAAGGAUGUUACCACAUUGAAAAGGUGGCAUUGCUGUUUUCGACACAAUGUUCGACUGCGGAUUCCAGUGGAAUCAUUCCACCAAUUGUCAAAUGUUGUAAAUUCAGCCGGCAAUGUUUUGGAUCUUGUAUUCACAAACAAGUUCUACGAAAUGUCGUUGAUUGAGUCAAAAAGGCUAUUGGUAAAAUCCGACAUUUGGCAUAAAGCACUCGAAAUGGAAGUGACAAUUGAUGAAAAUGAGAUCUCAUCACCGCAAUUUUCACAAAUUUAUGCAUAUAACUCGGCAGAUUUCGAUGCGAUGAAUUCAUUCUUCGUUGGAAAUCACAUUUUGUCAGAAAUUAAUCGAAUAGAUGACCUCGAGAAUGCAUUUCACAUUUUUGGAAAUGUUCUUCACGAGGCGAUCGAUUCAUUUGUCCCGAGGAUAACCGUUCAAAGUAGCACUGAUCCACCAUGGUACACGAAACAAUUGAAGCACUUGAAAAAUGUCAGAAAAAAAGCAUACAAGCGAGCAAGGCAGACUGGCAAUUUCGACGAAUACAACAACAUCACGGAUUCGUUCAUCCCAUUACAAAGCCAGUUAUUUAAAUCGUACAUCAGUCGCAUACAAUCACAAAUCAAAUCAAAUCCAAAAUACUUUUGGCGAUUUGUGAAUGAUCGAAGAAAACGGAGCGAUAUUCCAGCUAUUGUUAAGUACAAUGAUGUGACAGCGAACACCGACGCAUCGAAGGCGGAAUUAUUCGCUGAUUUUUUUGAAAAUCAGUACACACGAAGCGACAUUAUCGACUUGGAUGAAUUGCUGGAUGAAUGCAGAGACGAAUCAUUUGACUUUGAAAUCACAGAAGCCGAUGUGUUAAAGGCAUUACAAUCCAUCGAUGCGAACAAAGGAGCCGGUCCAGAUGGAAUAUCACCGAAAGUGUUGAAGAACUGCGCACACUCAUUGUCGAAACCGUUAACGGCGCUAUUUCGAAAAUCAUUGCAACAAGGAUGUGUUCCAGAUGCAUUGAAAAAGUCCAGAAUUGUGCCAAUUUACAAGGCUGGUAAAAAGAGCAAUGCAGCGAAUUACAGACCAGUAGUGAUCAUACCAACAAUAGCCAAACUUUUUGAAAUUGCUGUGUACCUAGAGAUCAGCUAGAGGGGGAGUGAAUGAGUGAUU